AUGACUCAACCUCAAGAACUCCGGGGCAUUAUGGUCGCCCUGAUCACGCCCUUCACAGCCGACCAGUCAGCAGUUGACUAUAAAGCUCUCGAUCAGCACGUGAACCGCCUCAUCGACGCAGGAGUCCACGGUCUCGUUCCCGGCGGAAGCACCGGCGAGUUCACGGCUCUUACCACGCAAGAGCGAAAAGACACGCUAGAACAAACCAUCAAAUCCGCUAACGGCCGCGUCCCUGUCAUCGCUGGAAUUGGAGACCUCUCUACAACAAAGACUCUUGACCUGGCGAAACACGCAGCGGCUGCUGGAGCGGCUGCCCUCAUGGUUGUACCGCCUUUCUAUGACGCCGUCAACCUUACAGAGUUGCGUGCCAUGCUGAAGGAAAUAUAUGAUGUCUCGAAGCUCCCGCUUGCCUAUUAUAACAUUCCAUCCGCCUCGGGCGUUUCAUUGACUCCGCCUGAGAUUGCGUCGCUGAGUGACGUUGGGGUGAAAUACCUGAAGGAUACAUCUGGAAAUGGCCCCGCCCUGACUGAGCUGUUGUUCAGCAAGCAGAUUAAGAGCGCAGUAACCAGUUUCAACGGCUGGGAUACUCUAACAUUCUACGGCCUCGCUGCUGGCGCCAAGGGUAGUAUCUGGGGUGCUACUAAUAUAGUACCGGAACUGUCCAUGCAACUGUGGGAUGCUGUUGCUGUUCAGAAGGAUCUAGAGAAAGGCCGUGAGAUCUGGGAGAAGAUAUUCCCGAUCUGCAAGAUUUUGGAAUCUGGGAACUACGGUGCUGGUGUGAAAACGGGGAUGGAGCUGCGUGGGUGGAAGACUGGGGGGCUGAGGAAGCCGUUUGUUAUGCAUGAGGGGCAGUUGAAGAGCGACCUGGCAGUGGCGCUUAAGGGUGCUGGAAUUAAUGUUGUUGCAUAA